AUGAAUUCCAGAGAAGACGAAAAGAAGAAGAAGGAAAGUAUUUGCUUUGAUUUGUCGGAAGAAGUGCAGAGAGAACUUUUGACUUCUCUGGAUGAAUCAAGCAGCUUUGACGAAGAUUUGACGAAUGGAAAGGAAAACGAGAAUGAAGUAAGCAGCAGCAGAGGCAGUGUAAAUAGCAACAGCAACAACAACAACAACAGCGCACCGUCAGAGUUGGAGAUCACGGCAGUGUGGUAUAAUUCUAACAAAUGUGGCUAUGACGGGCUUAGCAAGGAAUUACCUUCAAUCAGAGAAAAUACAAAGAAGGAAUUCACUCAUAAUAUCGAACACCUCGAAAACGUCAGUACUACCCAGGCAAAGCAAACUUUCAGAGAAGAUCAGAAACCUUCAAACACGUCUUGCAGCGCUGAUGAGAUUGGUAUCGGCAUUGAUGAGUCAAGAGCUGUCAGGUUUAGAAACAACCUCUUUGUGGAAAACGAGAAUGAAGUAAGCAACAACAGAGGCAGUGUAAAUAGCAACAACAACAACAACAACAACAACAACAACAGCGUACCGUCAGAGUUGGAGAUCACGGCAGUGUGGUAUAAUUCUAACAAAUGUGGCGAUGACGGGCUUAGCAAGGAAUUGCCGUCAAUUAGGGAAAAUAUAAAGAAGGAAUUCACUCAUAAUAUCGAACACCUCGAAAACGUCAGAACAACCCAGGCAAAGCAAGCUUUCAGAGAAGAUCAGAAACCUUCAAACACGUCUUGCAACGCUGAUGAAAUUGGUAUCGGCGUUGAUGAGUCAAGAGUUGUCAGGUUUAGAAACAACCUCUUUGUGGCAGUAGAAGAGUUGCGGAUUCAAAGGACUCUGGACUUGGAAAACGAAGAGAGAAUCAAGACCUUGAUGACUGAAAAGCAUGAACUCGAACGCAGAAAGGAAGAAGAAGUAUCAAAAAACAACGCCUUAGUUCAGCAACACGCACAGCAAGAGAUCGAGAUAAAAAAGCAGCACGAGGACCGCCUGCUACAGUACGAAGAAGAUAAGGCCAAAAUGACCCUGGCGGCAGAAUGUACCGAGAAAGAACUAAAGAUACUGAAGGACGAAGUUAGAGCUCUUCAUGUAAGUACAUGA